AGGGAAUCCACGUGCCAACACCUUGACUAACGUCUGGUCUCCAGAACUGGUGACAGAUGGGUGUGUUUCAGGCCCCCGAGUGUGGUACUGUGAUGGCAGCCACCGGAAGCGAGAGCCCGGGGACUUAGCUGUAUAUGUUAGUAACACCCCAGCCACACGCAUCCUUCUCCUCGGAGAAGGUUAAGGUGUCACACUCGUGGGUCCCUUCUCCCCUGCCCAGCGCUCCAUCCUCAUGUCCUCGGCGUGCUGCGUGCUGCCCGGUGGAGCCCCCACUGUGUGCUUUUCCUGCGUGCACACUGAGCACACUCUGUUUCAUUUUUUAAAACUCCAUGACUUGUGACUGAGGGUGAGUGCUGCACACUGGACUCAGCCGAGCCCCCACUGAGAGGGACGUGGGUCCCCAGCGUUCACACCUGACGGAGGCGCAGCCGAAGGUCACAUCAGGAGAGCACGUGAGGUGGCCCAGCACUGGUAUCUGACCCCGGUGCUCAUGCAGGUGUCGGGAACAGUCCCCUCAAGUCCUUUCUCUGAUCCAGGAUCACGCUGCAUUAGGCUGUGGUUGUAGCGCCCUGCUCUUGUCUUUCGUGACCUUGGCACCGCUGAAGGAGGCGGACCAGCUGUUUGUACAGCUCACCUCCCUAGAUUCGUCGGUGUGUCCUCACGGGUACACUCAGGUCCUGCUCUCCUGGCAGGAAUGGGGCGCAGGUGGCAUGUGUCCUGCCCAGCACGGCACCCCGUGUCCGCUUGGCCUCUGACCGGCUGAGUGCGCUUUGAUCACUGGCUCGAGCUGGUGUCCGCCAGCCAAGUCUGUACAACGAUUGUGGUCCUUGGUGAUUAGCUGUGUGUCGUAUGGAGGCAGAUGCUUGAGACUGUGUAAAUACCCUGUUUCUCAUCGUACUUUCACCCCUCGACGUGUAGCAUUUAUUCAUGAUUCUCACCUGAACCGUUCGUUAUGGGGCGUUUGUCAAACAGUGACAUAAAAAAAAUCCGAUCACUCCAUCUACAUUUCUCAGUCGGCAUUCUGCCAAAAGGAAGACCUCCCCCUCCCUGUCUACGUAUUUUUCAGUUAUUUACGUCAGGGUGGACUCAUGGGGUCUCAGUUCAUCCUGUGGAGUCUAGCCCGCCCUCAUUAUGGACUGGCUGCCGUGGGAGCCCUGUCACCAUUCCCUGGGGGACAUGCUCCGGCCAUGUCUCGUCCUUCCCUGCCCCAGCCUGGAAAUCAAGUUUUGCUGUUGCUGCCGUAACUUGUGUGGUUGUACGUGCUGUGUGCCAGUAGGAGGCUCUGGUGGGGACUUGAGACACUGCGAGGGGUGGGCACAGGGCAGAGCUGCCCCUUCAUCCUGCAUUAGAGGGCAGUGCCAUGGCCUCUGCCCUCCGUCCUGGGCUGGUGGAAUAGCAACAGAAGUGGCACCUGUGGCACAUCAGGCUGAAGGGGCAUUCCCGUGAGGGAGGUGCUGAGUUAGGGCUCAGGGUGAACGUAUGUGGAAUGGCAGUGAGAAUUGGCCAAGUGGCAGAUGCCAUUCUGUGGUUCACCUGCUCCUGCCCCGGUGACUACCAGCAGUGCAGUUGUGGUGUGGCUGGUUCAGGUUCUGAACGCUCCUCUGGGGAGCUGGCUGGUCCUAGCCCACUGUACUCCUCUCUGGGCCUCGGGGUCCCCACCUGUGCUGGAGGCGAUGGCCGUCCCUACCCUGUGAGCACAGAGCUGCCAGAUGCUAGAGACCUAGUGGUAAGGCCCUGCGAUGCAGGUGAGUAAACGUGAGCAGGGCUGACGUGCACCCCUCCUGGCCUGGAAUAAGCCCCAGGGUAGCUCAUGGCAUCUGGGUCCCCUCGGCUCAGCGAGCCCCAUGCCCUGCUCCUGUGGCAGCCUCAGCUGUGCCCAUGUUUGCUGCAGCGCCUGCGUCCCCUAGAAGCUGGCCUCGGGCCCAGGGUUUAAAGCCACUUUGAGGUUGUCAGUUGACCUGUUGAGAGUGUGUGCACGUGUGUUUAAGAACGAAGGUGGGUGUGUAGUUCUGUUGACAUGUCAGCCUCUCUGGAAACGUCCCAUGGUUUUCUCCGGACUCCAGUCGGUAGGCGUUGCUAACAAGUUUCCCAGACACUGCUCUUUGCGUCUGGCAGCCGCUUUGCCGCCUGCGCCACUCCCGCCACGAUGGCUUGUGCUGCUCGGGCACACUGAGAUCUGGACGCCUGCCCCAGAGGCAUUUUGAGAUACGAAGCUGGGAGGAGGAGCUCUGGGAGAGGAAAUGCAGCCGUGAGGAUUAGCGCGGACCCAGCAGCGGCCCGGGCCCGCUGAGCCCGAUGGUCCGGAACCGCAGUGGCCACUGAUGCGGAGCGAGGACUUCAGGCCCCCGACCAUGGUCACGCUCAUCACCGAGAAGCUGCAGAAUCAGAGCCUGGAUGACCUCACCUGCAAGAGCUGUGGGGCCAACCCGUAUUCUGCCGAGAAACUGAGCAAAAGUGGCCAUUUGUUCCCUUUUGAGACCAACGAAGACAGGUGCCUUUGGAAGGUCGUAAGUGGAGGAUGGCCCGUCGGAAGCCAGGCAGCCAUGGGCCCUGCUUUCCCCUUCCUGUCAAGCCCCUGCGGGCCGAGCACAGGCCUGGGAGCGGUCAGCGCCAUGGACCUCAGGGACAGCUUAGGGCAGCCCUUGGCACCGCCCACCAAGCGACACUGCCGGUCUCUGUCGGAGCCGGACGAGCUGGCCCGCUGCUGGUCCCCAUGGCACCCUGGCGGCUCCAAGGUCUGGACUCUGGUCUCCAAGAGGCGAUGCCACAGUGGCGGGAGUGCCAGCUUGCCAGGCACCACCGGGUCGCCGGGCAGAACCUUCCCUGUGGCUGGCCCCACUUUACCUCUAGCGCCCCGGCCGGCCUCGGCCAGUAGUGGCUUUGUGGAUGGCAGUGGGGGCAGCUCAGGCCCUCCCUGGUGUCCCGUGGGGCCCUGGGUGCUGUCCUCGCGGCGCCGCCUGUCGUUGUCACAGGAGCGCCUUGCGGAUGUGGGCACCCCGCCGUGCAUGCCUGAGCCCGGCCGGCGGCUAGGCCUGGCCCGGAGCCACUCACAGCCCUGCGUGCUCCUCGGGAAGAAGAGCUGGCGAAAGCGCCGGCGAGAGGACGACGCCCGAUGGCCGCGCCCGUCCUUGGACUUCCUGAAGAUGACACGGACUUUAAAAAAUUCAAAAAGCCUUUGCUCCCUUGAUUAUGAAGAUGACGAGGAUGACACCGGUGCGAAGACAUCCGUGUCCUCCCCACGUGACCCUCGCGACCUCACGGGCCUCUGCAUCCCUGGCUCCAGCCCCCUGAGCGCGUGUCCCGGCUCCCGUCCCGCCAGUCCUAGCCUGUGGGCCUCUCGGGAGCCCGCAGCCAGCGAGGGCAGGAGCGCUGGGGCCCCCAGUGACUGGGACAGCUCUGGGGAGGAGACCACCUUCCCUCUGGACCACGGCGAGCUGGACCUGGAGCAGAUCGAGAGCAACUGACCGCUGGGCAGGGGGCGUCCCGGGCAGAGGCCGUGGCUGCCAGUGUGUCCUCGGAUGUGUCCUCGGGGCACAGACGGAAACCAGGUGACGUGCUAUUUUAAACAUUAGCUGUGAUUUUGGUUCAGUCUUUCCUAAAGAAGUAUUUUGCAUUUUGAUGGCUUUUACAGUUCUGGGGAAAGCGUCUCUAUUUUGAAAUAAAUUUUCAGAAGAGUAUUUGUUAACCGGAAGUCUGCGUCCGGACCCCAGUGCAGGUUGGUCUCUGUAAACGCCUGCUGUGAAGGGCGCUGUGCGUCGUUUAGCUUCUCGGAACGAGACCUCGGGCACCGGUGGUCCGGGCCCUCCGCGCACCCUGUCAUCGCGUGUGCUGAACUGCCAGCCGACCGCCCUGUUCUCCCGCCUGCUGUUUGGAGCAGGCCUGAGCUGCGGGGACUGCCGGCUGCGGUCGGUGCUCUGUGUCCUCGAGGGCGCAGGGCCAUGAGGACAGUGGUUCUGGAAGCACCUGGUCUGUGGCUUCAAUAAAGGCCUUAGCUUUGCA